UUUGCAUUCUUCAUUGUAGUUGCAAGUGCACCUCAAACUAUCGACAAGUAAAAAUGAAAUUCGCGCUCGUUUUCGUCACUUUGCUGGCUUUGGCCUGUUCACUUCCGGUUCCGGAUGAUAAGGAAGCACAGGUACUUCGAUUCGAUAACGAUCAUCAUGGUAUCGAUGGGUACAGCUGGAACUUGGAAACGAGCAACGGAAUUCAGCAGCAGGAACAGGCCGAGCUGAGGAGUUUCCCCGAUGAUAAUUCGGCCAUCGUUGUCCGGGGAUCUUAUUCCUAUUUGGGGGCUGAUGGAGUUACCUAUACUGUGAAUUAUAUUGCCGAUGAAAAUGGAUUCCAACCGCAAGGAGAUCAUCUCCCGAAGGCGUCGUAAAGCCAUGAAGUUGAAGUGUUGUGUUACCUAUUUAUGUGUGUUAGGAAUGGUU